AUGACAUGCAAAUUUAUGAAGCAUUCUAUAUUUUUUUCCUCCAGUCAAAAGUCUGUUGAAAUGCACAGACAUGAAGCUUUGAGUGAAGCUCUUCCUGGGGACAAUGCGGACCUCAAUAUCAAGAAUGUGUCUGUCAAAGAUAUUUGUUGUGGCAAUGUUGCUGGUGACGGCAAAAAUGAUCCACCAAUGGAUGCAGCCAGUUUCACUGCUCAGGUGAUUAUUCUGAGCCACCCAGGCCAAAUCAGUGCAGGCUAUGCCCCUAUACUGGAUUGUCACACAGCUCACGUUGCAUGCAAGUUUGCUGAGCUGAAGGAAAAGAUUGAUCGUUGUUCUGGUAAGAAGCUGGAAGAUGGCCCUAAAUGCUUGAAGUCUGGUGAUGCUGCCAUUUUUGAUAUGGUUCCUGAUGAGCCCAUGUGUGUUGAGAGAUUUUCAGACUGUCCUCCUCUGGGUCAUUUUGCUGUUUGUGAUAUGAGACAGACAGUUGCUAUGGGUGUCAUCAAAGCAAUGAACAAGAAGGCUGCUGGAGCUGACAAGGUCACCAAGUCUGCCCAGAAAGCUCAGAGGGCCAAAUGAGUAUUAUCCCUAAUACCUGCCACCCCAGUCCUAAUCUGUGGUGGAAGAACGGUCUCAGAACUGUUUGUUUCAAUUGGCCAUUUAAGUUUAAUAGUAAAAGAAUGGUUAAUGAUAA